GAAUUAUACGGUAGGUAGCGUUAUAGGGUGAAACUAUCAAAAUAGGGUAUUGAAAAAAACUAUUAUUACUAUUCUGUAUUAGUAUUAGCCUGAAUUUUGUGUGAAAGGGGAAACAAUUUUAGCAGGAAGUUUUUCUGCAAGUCUUGAGUAAGAAAGGUAUACGUGAAGAACUUGAAUCAACAAUGUCUUUGUCAUCCAUGGAAAAAAAUCUGUUUAAUUUAAAAUUUGCUGCCAAAGAAUUGGUAAGAAAUUCCAAAAAAUGUGAAAAAGAAGAAAAAGCCGAGAAGUUAAAACUGAAAAGGGCUAUUCAGAAGAAUAAUGUUGAAGGAGCUCGUAUUCAUGCAGAGAAUGCAAUCAGACAAAAGAACCAGGCCCUGAACUACUUACGCAUGAGUGCGAGAAUUGAUGCGGUGGCUAGCCGAGUACAAACAGCUGUAACAACCAAAAAGGUUACUCAGUCGAUGGCAGGAGUGGUGAAAGCUAUGGAUGCAACAAUGAAAAGCAUGAACUUGGAAAAGAUGUCAGCUCUGAUGGACAAGUUUGAGAAACAGUUUGAAGACUUAGAUGUCCAAUCUUCUUACAUGGAAAACAGUAUGAGUUCCACUACAACAGUUACUGUACCACAGAAUGAAGUCGAAGGACUUAUGCAGCAAGUGGCAGAUGAAGCUGGGCUGGAACUAAAUAUGGAACUACCACAGGGAGAGUUAGGAUCAGUGGGAACAAGUACAGCUGCCUCUACAGAACAGGAUGAACUUACUCAACGAUUAGCAAAGCUCCGUCAAAGCUAGGAUUGAAGUGUAUCAAGAAAUACAUUCUCUAUCAUCCAAUAACAUAAAUUGCAAAAUAAUUGAAAAACUAAAGAAAAUUUAUGGAUGUUAAGUUCACAUGAAGUUUUUGUAAAAACAAAAAACAGUUCAUGUGUAUCUAAGAUGUAUAAAAUCAAAACUAGACCCUGGUGUAAGUUAUACUUGUGUAUAAAACUGCCUUGGAGUUAAUAGGUCAAUGUAGAGUAUUUUUCAAUAUAUAUUCUUUUUAAUUGUAAUGUGUCAUUAUUAAAGUUUUUAUAUGAAAUACAUAAACUUUUGUUUUGUUAAUAUUUUGUAAUUAAAAUCAAUACGGUGUUUUGAGCUACUCUUAUGUUUAAUUGGUGCAUUUUGUGCCUGUUUCAGGACUAAAACGUAUUGAAAUUGGCUUUAGGAAUAAUGUUUCAGUAUAUAUCAGUGAUUUAUUUUAAUAAUUUUCUUAUAACGGUAAUGCUGAAAAGGAUAUACGAGCAGCAUUGUUAAGCAGUAAAGUAAUUGUCAAGGAUGUGUUAAAGAACUAGUCCAUGUUAUUAAGCACUAUUAUGUGUAAACUGAUCGUCAGGAAUGGGUAAUAUACCCAAACCAUAUGUUUACUUAUAGCUGUUUUAUGUUGAUGGAUUAAACUUAUUCAAUUCCAUUUUUUCAUCUAUAAAAAAAAGUUAAAAAUAAAAUAGUAGUAUUUGUUAAGAUUUUAAUUAACUAGUAACUUGUCAGAAGCAUAGUAUUUGAGAGUUAAAUUAACUGAUAUUAACUUCCAAUCAGAGCAAGCUGUUUACUAAGUGAAACUAAAAAUUAACUUAUUAAUCAGUCUAGAUAAUUUAGUAUACAUUUAUGCUUGUAAAGACUAGAAUGCAUGUUUCAUCGGUCGGGUAUCUUCACUAUUAACGAUAUUUUAAGGUGAAUACAAAGCAAGUUUUGUAAUAAACAAUAAACCAAAAUAAUGACAUUUGAUAAACUAAAUAGUAUAAUCAAUCUUGUGAAUGAAUGUAACAAUAAAUAACAUGCUUUACCUAGGGAACAUUAGUUACCUGCUUGAAGUACUGUCUCGAAAGCUAUCAUAAAAAUCCCAUGACCUGAGUGCUUUCAAAAGAUGGACUUUUCUUCUUCAGGGGCAGAUUGAAGAAGAAAGGUCCACCUUUUGAAAGCACUUGGGUUACAGGGUUUUUAUAUUUAGACUUAUUGAACCUACACGUUUUACUGACAUCUUAAAAACUGUCAUAAUACUCUUGUGGAAUUGAUACAUUGUGAAAUAAAUUCAUUUGGUGGUUGUAAGUACAGAUUAAAAAUGUGUUCAACUAGUAAUAUAUAAUACAGGGCAUCAUCAGUGACAAGCAUAUAAGUAGAGUAUUUAUUAUUUUUAUAGAAUAUUCAAACUGAUUCUGGAAGAAAUCAUAUAACUAUCUUUUUUUUUUACUGAUUACGUUGUAAAGGUUUAUCAUCAGAGUUUUUACAUUAAAACAUUUACAUUCUGUGAAGAGACAUUUACCAUAGAACAACUCUCUUUCCUCAAAAGUUACAUUUUAUUUCCAAUAAUUUUAUCUGUGUAACAUACCUCACACAACAGACGUGAUAUUCCUAAACUUGCACAUUCUACCAUUUUUUUUAAUUUACUGAAUUAAUAAUGACUAUACUACUGAUUUUUUUUUAGGUUUUUUUUUACUGAGUUAGCUAAAACGGAAGAUUGUGUACUACUAAAGCCAAGUGAAAAUUAAUUCAAUAUACUAUAGAUUUUGUUGCUUAAAAAAUCAUUUAAAAAACAAGCCAACUUAAUGUGGUUAUGUAUAUGUCUUUGGGAUAAAAACUUGGAUCAGUGAUUUUUUAUGGUUUUUUUUUUUUAGGGGUGGGGCACUCAUUUCAGUGCUGAAUUUUUGUGUAACAGAGGGUUUGGGCAUGUUGUAAUAGAUGUGUAACAUGCUUAAGUUAUGGAUUGUUGUUGUCAGAAAAUUUGAAAUAUGUUUUCUAAAAUGAACUUCCACAAAAGUUUUUUGUUGUUGUUAAUUUACGAUGUUAAACAUGCAUUAGAUACUUAAGUUUAAAAGGGAAACAUUUCUGAUUUAUGACUAGACUGAAACAACUUUAGAACAGCAGCCAGUGUCGUCCAAUUGUCAGUAUAACAUAAGUCUGUCUAUGUGAAGGUCCUUUCUUUCUUUAAAUCAAUGUGGUCAAUUAUUUUGUAGAAAAUACUAAAAGAAUUAUCAGAAACUUCAGCCAGUAAAAUUGAUAUUUGACACUGCAAUAAUAGUCGUAUACUUAAUACUUUUAUUCAUUGUGUUGUAAAAGGGUCUGUGAGUGAUUUGCAUAUAAAUAAAUAAAGAUAGUUUAUAAAAUGCUUCA